AUCACAUGUACCUGCCAUUUCUUUUUUGCAUUGUACCUCUUUUAUUUUCCGCAAAUCAUCAGAUAAAAAGAGGCAAUGGCCAAUGCUCAAAUGAAACCCGUCGCUGCUCUGCUUCUGUUCCUUAAUUUCUGCAUGUAUGCCAUUGUUAUAGGGAUUGGUGGAUGGGCCGUCGAUAAAGCUAUUGAUAAUGGUUUUACCAUCGGACCUGGCUUCGAGCUUCCGGCGCAUUUCUCACCCAUUUACUUCCCCAUGGGAAAUGCUGCCACCGGAUUCUUCGUGACAUUUGCUAUGCUCGCCGGAGUUGUCGGUGUAGCAUCCGUAAUCGCCGGUAUCAACCAUAUCCGUUCAUGGCAGGCUGGUAGCUUGCCAUCAGCAGCUUCAAUUGCUGGCGUUGCUUGGACUCUUACUUUACUCGCCAUGGGAUUUGCAUGCAAAGAAAUUGAGCUCCAAGUCAGGAAUGCUCGUCUGAGAACAAUGGAAGCAUUUAUAACCAUACUUGCAGUUACACAGCUUUUCUACAUUGCAGCAAUUCACGGCGGCGCGUGAAUUAUUUAAGUUGAAAACAUGGUUAAAGUGGAUAAAAGCUCUGUGAUUACUUCGUUUUAUAUCUUUUAUAG